CAAUAAUCAUUCACAAAUCACAAUUGCUGAACAGUGAACAGUGAUAACUGACAAGUAUAUACCAUAAUAUUCUCUGUUGUUAAAUAAUAAUUAAUAUUGAUAAAUACAUUCGCUUUGAUUCGUUUAUUUUUAUUAAAAAUUUAAUCAACAUUUUAAACCCUUGAAGAACUAAGACAAGAGCAAAGAUGGGACGAGGAGGAAAAAAGAAAAAUGCACAAGAAGUAGAAAAAAAAUUGAGUGGAGAAUCAUCUCAAUCACAACCAAGUACAUCCAUUGCAACAGUUGCUGUGGAACAAAAACAAGAAGUUGGCACUGAACAAGUUACACCAACACUCGAAGAAAAAGCUGUAUCAGCUCAAGCUGAGCAACCAAAAGAUGAUUCCAAAGAAGAAACCAUUGGGUUAGGCCUCGAUUUGGGUGAAGGAAAAAAAAGGCGUCCUAGGAAAAAGAAAUCUACGACUGUAGCACAAAUGCUGUCUGAAGAUAUUGCACAAAAAAAUAUCUCAUUACAGCAGGAAACGCAAUCCCAUAUAACACCUACGGCGGUAACAACGCAGCCGUCUACGUCUCCGGCGUUGGGGAGCACAAGUCAAUUUCCAGGACUCGGUAGAGGUAGGGGGAGGGGCAGAGGUUGGGGUGUUCCUCAGCAGACUCCUCUGCAAUCAAAAGGGCUACAGUUUGCUGAGCAACAAUAUCCCGGCCAACAGCAAUAUGAUGCUCAAUCAUACCCAGGACAGCAACACCCUGGCCAGGAGCAAUAUGGAGCUCAAUCACACCCAGGACAGCAACACCCUGGCCAGCAGCAAUAUGGAGCUCAAUCACACCCAGGACAGCAACACCCCCCUGGCCAGCAGCAAUAUGGAGUUCAAUCACACCCAGGACAGCAACACCCUGGCCAGCAGCAAUAUGGAGCUCAAUCACACCCAGGACAGCAACACCCUGGCCAGCAGCAAUAUGGAGCUCAAUCACGACCUAGACAGCAACAAUCUUCACAAAUGCAACAAAGCAGGUCAUCGAGUAUUGCUUCUAUAGCAUCAUCUUCGAGCAGCGGUGCAUUAAGCCGGUAUAAAAUACCGGCAAGAAUAGAAGGCCGCUCGGUCAGGAGUACAAAUAUUAAAGUUUUGACCAAUUACUUGGAAAUGAAAAUUAAGGAUGUCAAAGUUCAUCGCUACGAUAUUUCGGUUAAACCCGACAAGCCCAAGAAAAUUGCACAGAAGGCUUUUGCUGUAGUGAAACAACAAUAUUUUCCUAAAUCUGUAAUUGCGUUCGACCAAAGGAAGAACUGUUACACUUUAGCACCUCUCUGGAAAGGUCCUGAUGAAAGAGUCAGUUAUGAUGUGGAGGUGAUUGACGAUAAUAAAGUUAAAAUGCCCUUCGAGGUGUCAUUGAAGGUUACUGGCGUAAUUGAUCUCGGGAGGAUCUUAAAUCACAUCAAAACUGGAGACUCCUCUUUGAAUACGCCCAGCGAAGCUAUACAGGCCAUUGAUGUUAUUUUACAACAGGGCACACUUGAAAAUUAUGUUAAGGUCGGAAGACAAUUCUUCAAACGUCCACAGAAUCCAAUAGAUUUAGGUUUUGGAUUGGAAAUGUGGACGGGUCUAUUCCAGUCGGCCAUAUUCACUUGGCGGCCGUUCAUAAAUAUCGACGUGGCCCACAAAGGUUUUCCGCGGACUCAAUCUGUAUUGCAGGCUUACAUGAAUGAUUUUAAAUUGAAUCCAAAUCAAUGCCUUGAACAACAAAGGGGAUAUAAUGUCGAAUUAUUCAGGCAAUAUUUAAAGGGACUUAAGGUGAAGGCGUUUGUAGGAGGCGACAGUAGUGGCAAAGUACGUGAAUACAUUGUCAAUGAUGUACAGGAUCCUCCGAGUAAAUUAACAUUUGAAAUGACGGAUGCGAGUGGAAAAACCAAGAGAAUGUCGGUGGCUAACUAUUUCCUUACUGAGAAAAAAUUAAGACUGCAAUAUCCAAACCUGAAUUGUUUGUGGGUCGGUCCGAAAAACAAGAACAUCUUCUACCCAAUGGAAUUACUUCAAGUCUCUUAUGGCCAGGCAUUAAACAAGCAACUGAAUGAAAAACAGCUACAGACUAUGGUACGCGAGGCUGCGACUCCGCCGAAUGAGAGAUUGAAGAAAAUUAAGGAAGUUAUACACAAUAUGAAUUAUCCAGCAAAUCCAAUAUUCAAGCAUUUUAAAUUGGAGAUUGAGAAGGACUUUUUCAAAGUCGAUGCAAAAAUUUUGCAAGCGCCAAAGUUAGAUGUUGGUGCUGGAAGAGGGGUCGUGCCCAGGAAUGGAUCGUGGCAGGCCAAUCGUUUCUUAAAACCCAGCGCAUUGGAAUCCUGGGGACUCAUAGUAGUUGAUGCAGAUCCAAAUGCUUGUAGAUGCGAAGAGUUCAUGCAAAAUAUAAACCGUAUCGGGAAGCAGAUGGGGAUGACUGUGAACGCACCCAAGUAUUACAACUUCAAUGUUAAGCCUUUUGAUUUGAAGAGAACUUUGUAUGCUGCAUCUGAAAAGGGUGUCAAUUUCUUAUUCAUCAUUGUAGGCGGAAGAGACAAGAAUUGCUAUCAUAAAGUUAAACAAAUAGCGGAGUUGGAGGUCGGAUUACUAACGCAAUGCAUAAAAGAGUUCACAGCAAAAGCUAAGAUGAGCGAUCAAACCAUACGUAAUAUACUUUUAAAGGUUAAUUCAAAACUGAUGGGUGUGAACCAAGCAUUGGACGCGUCAUCCAUACCGAGGUGCAUCAGUGAAGGCGGUGUUAUGUUGGUUGGCGCUGACGUCACUCACCCCUCCCCUGAUCAGACCUCAGUUCCCAGUAUUGCAGCCGUCACAGCAUCUUUUGACAAUUUCUGUUUCAAGUAUAACAUCGAACUCAGCGUACAGACACCAAAGGCUGAAAUUAUUGUGGAAUUCGAAGACAUGAUCUUUGAUCACUUGCAAGUCUAUAGAAAGAAUCAAAGAUGCCUUCCAAGGAAGAUAUAUGUGUUCCGAGAUGGCGUGUCGGAGGGACAGUUUGCUCAGGUUAUGAACAGUGAAUUGGUUGCUAUUGAAAAGGCCUACCGUCGCCUGGACCAAGAAAGGAAACCGGAAAUUCUCUUCCUGUUGGUACAGAAGAGGCAUCAUACGAGGUUCUUUUUGGGAGAGCAUGAUCGUCAGAACGUUGAACCUGGUACAGUGGUCGACACAGAAAUCGUUCAUCGCAGUGAACUUGACUUUUAUUUGGUGUCCCAUUCAGCUCUCAAAGGUACAGCUCGUCCUACGAGAUACCACGCGGUCGCUAACGACGGUGGUCUUCCUUCUGACGAAGUCGAACAGCUGACAUAUUACUUGUGUCACUUGUACUCCAGAUGCAUGAGAUCAGUUUCAUACCCAACGCCCACAUACUACGCGCACUUAGCGUGUCUCAGAGCUCGAUCCCUUACAUUCGGCGAUCACUUCAACAACAGCGAUCUGGAAAAGGAACCGAAAAGACUUCGCGUCAUGGACAAAAUGCUAAAUUGCAGUCGCAUGUUUUUCGUGUAGUUUUAAACGAUAUCAUAUAUUAUAUAUAUAUAUAUAAUUUUAUACCUAUAACAACUUUUUAACAAUAGCCUAAACAGUUAUUUGAAAAAAAAAACAGAAAUCAAAAAAAAAAAAUUAUUUGUUGAAUCUAAAGACGUUAUGUUUUUUUUUUUUAUCUGCAACAAAGGAUCAUUGCAGGUUAGACUAUAUUUUUUGGAAACCAAGCUUUAGUUAAAAAUUAUGAUUCAAAAUUUUAAAUUAUUAGUAUGUAUGAAAUCCCAUUAAGGGUUUUUGUCAAUGAAAUAAUAUUGUGAUGAUCUCAUUUCUAAAUUCUGUGAGUAUUUUUUUAAAUUAUUCUUGUAUCUCAUUCGUCUACUAUAUUUCCUUU